ACCUCUAGUGAACUAUCGGCUAGUAGAAUUUUCCGUUUCAGGUGUCGAAUUUGUUGAGAUAGUUGCGGAAAAGUCCGUGUAAUCUUUUAAAAUAUGAAGCGAGCGCGCCAGCCUAAGAUCACCACGCAGGCUCUGCUCGACUUUGACCUGGGCGAGAGUUCCUCGGAUAGUGAUUUCCUGCCGGACAUAGACAAUUGCUCAGACGGCUCGAAGGACGAGAGCGAUGGCGAUGGGAGCAGCGACGCGAGCAGUGGCUCCGAUUCUGGAUCGGAUUCGGAUGCCGAGAGCGGGGACUCCACGCUUCAGCUGCGUCAGCUGUUGGCCGAAACCGAGCCGUUGCCUUUGGAGAAUGGGAUUAACGGAGUGGACCAUGCAGCAGAUGCUCCAGCGAUGGGAAUCAUUAGUCGGCCGCCUCUCCAGUUGUCCAGUGCUCCGGCUAAGCGGAUGUGCUGCGUAUGUCUUGGAGAGCGUAGUGACGACGUGAACGAGAUCGUGGAGUGCGAUUCCUGCGGAGUCUCGGUCCACGAGGGAUGCUACGGCGUCAGCGACAACGUGAGCAUCUCCAGCACCAAUUCCACCUGUUCCACAGAACCGUGGUUUUGCGAGGCUUGCCGCGCUGGAGUUUCGGAGCCCGACUGCGAGCUGUGUCCUAACAAAGGCGGCAUCUACAAGGAAACGGACGUUGGCAAGUGGGUGCACCUCAUUUGCGCCCUCUACGUGCCCGGUGUUGCUUUUGGAGAGGUAGAGCAACUGUCCUCGGUGACGCUUUUCGAGAUGCAGUACAGCAAGUGGGGCGCUAAGGUGUGCUCCCUGUGCGACAACGCUCUGUUUGCCCGUUCCGGCGUUUGUAUCGGCUGCGAUGCUGGCAUGUGCAAGACUUAUUUCCACGUGACCUGCGCCCAGGUGGCCGGCUUUUUGAUUGAGGCCCACCAUGAAGACGACGCCGCCGAUCCGUUCUAUGCCCACUGCAAGGUGCACUCGGAAAAGGAAAUGAUUAAGAAGCGGCGACGCAACUACCACACACUUCGGCUCAACAUGCUACAGCGGGCCAGGGAAAAGGAGGCGGCAGCUGGAGACGUCGAGGCAGCGGCUCCUCCUCCAAAUCCAGCUCAAGCGCGCAUUCAACGUAAGCUGCUCAAAAUCCAGCACAAGUACGCUCGGCACAAGGAGCUCAAACCCACACCGUGGGUUCCCACGCAGAAAAUGUCUCGAUUGCUUACCACAUCGGCCUCUGCCUGUCGGCGUCUGCUGGCCAAGGCCGAGACUAUGUCUGUGGAUGUCCAGCAUCUGGAGCAACGUGAGGCUCACAUCAAUGCCUUAACAGACAUCCGGAAAAAGUGGCACAUAGCGCCAGCAUUUAGUGUUGAGUUUACCGCCUACUACAUGGACCGCAUAGUCCGCAUGGAAGACUUCCGCCAGCAGCAACGGAACCUAAUCUCGCACAACGCCAUCCUGUCCAAGGAUCAGGAUGUACUUAGAGCUCAGUAUGACACAGCUUUGGAGGAGCGCAAGGCAGUGAAGGCCAACAAGGAUUCCUUACUUACCAGCAUUAAGAGUCUGCACGCCAAUCUUGCUCAGAUCGCACCCAAUUUGACUUUACCCAGCGUCGAGGUCAUUGCCCGACCAUUGCCAGAGGCGCCACUAAAGACAAGCACACCCACUCCGCCCCAGCGACCCAUCUCGGUGCCCACAGCGGCUGCCCUAAAAAUGGGCGUGGGCUUUCCAUUGAACCACCUUGGUCCGCCGGGCAGUAAACUGGACUCCUCUCGCAUGCUUAGCACUCAGGCCAAACAGGGCAAGCACGGCAAUUCCUCGGCCAACGUGGAUGCUGCUCCAUCGGUUGCCUGCGGCAUUUGCAAGAGAAGCAAGGAUCAGCACCUGCUGGUCAAAUGCGACACCUGCAAUCUGCACUACCAUCUGGGCUGCUUAAAUCCUCCCCUCACGCGUCCGCCAAAGAAAUCUAAGCAGUACGGCUGGCAAUGCUCGGAGUGCUGCGACAAGUCGGAUGGUUCCGAUGCCGUUACCGAGAUCUCUACGGGACCGAGAAAGUCUCGCACUCGCUUUAACAAAGAUGGCCACUUGGUCUACGUGGAUCGAUACUCGCUGGACGAUAUACCAGUUGCCGCUGCCAUCGUCCCCAAAGAGGUGCCGGCAAAACGAGCGCUCAACAAAUCCCUGCCAGCACCUGCACCCGAGUACAUCGAGGAUUUGACCAAGUCGCCGAAACGUCCUAAACUCCAAUCGCCACACAAAACACCAACUAAUGUUCCUGCCGCCAGUGCCACUCCCACUCCUGCGGCUGCUCCUGCAUUGCCCACGCCCAAUGCUAGCGCCGUGAAUCUAUCUGGCUGCGAGGACUCGAUAGACGACCCGAGCGGAAAAAUGUCCCGCAAGGGUAAGCGCAAGGACAAGCACAAAAACAAACACAACCUUUCGUCGGAUACGGAAAAGACCACUGGCAAGGAGCACAAGCGCAAGCGAAAAAAACGAUCACACCUCGACGAAUCGUCGUCUCACCUGGACAACGUUGCGAACUCCUCGGGCAGCACCAUCAAGAUCAUCUUCAAGGCUCUGAGACUGCCCGGCGAAGAUGCUCCGGAGUCUCAGUACUUCUACGUGCCGGCCAACGCAGUGCGUUCCGUGGACGAGGCCUCGCGCCCCACCUCGGUUGAAACGGUCGAGGAUAGUAUCCAGGGAGCGGAGCAGGCGCUGGCCCCCAUUGUUCUACCGGCAGCGUCACCGCAGAAGGUUCGCGAGCCUAAGGAGGCUCCUAUCACUGCUGCCGUCCCCAUCACCAAUCCAUCGCCGAAGCGGAAGGUCAGCCCCCGAAAGCAAAGUCCUCGUAAACCGCGCGUCGGACGACCCCGGGUGUCCAACACCAAGCCAAAUGUGGAGAUCAGCUGUUGCGUGUGUAGUCAAACGGGCAAGUCCAACCAGGUUGUGACCUGCGACGAGUGCCACCGGCACUAUCACUUUGCCUGCCUAGAUCCGCCGUUAAAGAAAUCGCCCAAGAUCCGUGGCUACUCCUGGCACUGUGCGGAUUGUGAUCCCACUGACGAGGAUGCACUGCCUAAGAAAUAGCAACUGAACUUAUUUAUUUAGCUUAGGUUUUUUACUAUACUGAGACGUAAUAACUUGACAGACUUUUCGAUAUUAACAAAAUCUAACAUUAAAAAUAAAACCGUGUUUAGAUUUCAUAACAAUAAAGUAUUAUUAUUUAUUUUUGUGGCCAUGG